ACCGAGCUGCUGUGCACGGUGCGGGGGAUUCUGAAGAAGAUCAAGCAGAGCGUGCUCGUGGGGGACCGCGUGCGUGUGGCUGGCAUCGACUGGGAUGACCGCCGGGGGACGGUGGAUGAGGUGCUGCCGCGGAGGAGCGAGCUGCAGGACCCGGCAGUGGCCAACGUUGACCAGGUGCUGCUGGUGUUUGCCCUGGAACGCCCCCCUCUGGACCUGCGCACUGCCACCAGGUUCCUUGUGAGCACAGAGGCCGCGGAUCUGCCAGCGACCGUGGUGCUCAACAAGGCAGACCUCGUGCCUUCCGAGGAGUGCAGCCAAGCCUUGGCAGAGAUUGAGAGCUGGGGGUAUGACGCGAUCGCAGUGAGUGCGGCGACCGGGCGUGGCCUGGAUAGGCUAUCAGAGGUGCUCAAGGGGCGCGUAUCCGUUGUGGCGGGGCCCUCGGGGGUCGGCAAAUCGUCGCUCAUCAACGCCAUCAAGCUGGAGGCCGACGCAGCUUCCUCUAGCUCCGCCAUGGCCAGUUCUGGCACACCUACUCUCGACAAUUGGCGGGGGAUGCAGGCGGCGGUGGAGCGGCUGGGGCUGCAACCCGUGGGGGACCUUACUAAUCUGGGGCGCGGAAAACAUACCACCCGCCAUGUGUCCCUCUUAGAGGUGGCGGGGGGCCUGCUUGCGGACUCGCCUGGCUUCAACCAGCCCUCGCUUGACGAUCUCAAUGUUGCCUCGCUGUCAGACUGCUUCCCAGAAGUGCGCGAAAGGGCCGAGAGCUGCGCGUUCAAAAAUUGCCAGCAUCUGAUCGAGCCCGGCUGCGCGGUGCGCGAGGACUGGAGCCGCCACGAGCUGUACGUGGAACUCCACGAGGAAGUGAAAGCCGCAGAGGAUCUGGCGCGGGUGCGCUCGGCCAGCAAGAAGCGGCGCGAGGGCAGCGUGCGGUACAAGAGUGCGGCCGGGGGUGUGCGCACGCGUGAGGCGCUGCUGGACAUCAAGAGCCACCGCCGCGUCAGCAGGCGCCAGGUGAGCCUCUGA